AGAUGGCGCUUGUCUCUGUAAUUUUAAGACUUGGCAAAGAGAUUGAAAUCCUCUGAAAAUCAUAUUGGAUCAUUAAAUCUAUUUUAGAUUUAAAUCAAGUUAAUCUGUUAAUUUGUUGUUUCAUUUAAUUUGUUUCAUUACACCUUUCAUUCUCAUCUAAUAUAUUUUUUUAUUGUUACAAACGAAAAUCUUGUGCAAAUUUUGUUAACAUGUUGAGUAAAUCAGCUAAUUUAUUUGCCCUUAGAGUGUGUAAAAAUAAACUAUGUUUACCAAAUUCGCUAACCUCCAAGUAUUCCAGCUGGUGGAGUGGAGUGGAAAUGGGCCCACCGGAUGCCAUUUUAGGAGUUACUGAAGCUUUUAAGAAGGAUCCAUCGGAUAAAAAGAUGAAUCUAUCAGUUGGAGCCUAUCGUGACGAUGAUGGUAAACCUUUCAUUUUACCCUGUGUUAAGAAAGCUGAAGAAAUAUUGUAUAACAAAAAUUUAGACAAAGAGUAUGCUGGAAUUGCUGGCGUUCCUGAUUUUUGUGCAUCUGCAGCUAAAUUGGCUUUUGGUGAAGACAGCCACGUUAUUAAAGAAGGAUUGAAUGCAACAGUUCAAGGAAUCUCCGGUACAGGAUCACUUACCAUUGGAGCUCAUUUCUUAGCUCAAUUUUUCCCUGGAGUGAAAGAGAUUUACAUGCCAACACCAACUUGGGGAAACCAUAUUCCAAUCUUUAAAAGAGCCGGUCUCACUGUUAAACAGUACAGGUAUUUUGAACCCAAAACUUGUGGAUUCGAUUUUACCGGUGCUUUACAAGAUUUAGCUAAAGUUUCUGAAAAGUCAAUUGUUCUUCUUCAUGCCUGUGCUCACAAUCCUACGGGAGUUGAUCCUAAGCCGGAGCAAUGGAAGGAAAUGUCAAAAGUAAUCAAAGCCAGGAAUCUAUUCCCAUUCUUCGAUAUGGCUUACCAAGGAUUUGCCACUGGUGAUAUAACUCGUGAUGCCUAUGCCUUACGUUUGUUUAUUGAAGACGGUCAUCAGGUUGCGCUGGCUCAAUCAUUUGCCAAAAAUAUGGGUUUAUAUGGUGAAAGAACUGGUGCAUUCUCCUUGGUGUGUUCCUCCAAAGACGAAGCAGCGCGAGCAAUGUCACAGCUUAAAAUUAUAAUCAGACCAAUGUAUUCUAAUCCACCAGUUCACGGAGCUCGUAUUGCGUCUACGGUUUUAAAUGACCCAUCUCUUAGAUCAGAAUGGUUAAACGAUAUUAAGAUCAUGUCCGAUCGAAUUUUCGCCAUGAGACACAAACUUAAAGAAGGAUUGCAACGCGAAGGAUCAAGUAGAUCAUGGGACCAUAUUACUGAUCAAAUCGGAAUGUUCUGUUACACCGGAAUGACACCUGAUCAAGUUGAAAGACUUAUCAAAGAGUUUAGUGUUUAUUUAACAAAAGAUGGUAGGAUUUCUGUUGCUGGUGUUUCAUCUAAAAAUGUUGAUUACCUUGCUCAUGCAAUGCACCAAGUUACCAAGUAAGGUCAAUGUUUUCGUCCAACAGUUAUCUUCUCUUGUCAUAAUCAUCCUAGGGCAAGGCUUUCUAGUUUGAGUAAAAUAAUUAUCUUAUUAUUUGAAACAUUUUAAGCCUGUUUUAUAUGAUUUAAGUCAGAAAGAAAUCAAUCUGAUGAAAUUUUGCUUUUUUCUUCGGUUUAUUAUUUUAUGUUGAUUAUGUUAAGUUGCAGAAAAUGAAGUUUUUUUCUCAUUCCAAUAGGAGUAAAAUUGUGGCCUACAAUCUGAUUCAAUUUUUAUCAUCAUUAUCCUCCUCAUAGAAUCAUUACCAUAACUUUUGUUGCAUUAUGAGCUUGUUAUUUUCACAAAGAACAAAAAAUUAAUUGAUAAAUAAGACAACUUUAGCUAUUUUUUAAUUGUUCUAAUAUUGUAAUUGUAAUUUCUUGGGUUAUACAUAAACUAACUUUUGUCAUUAUAU